GAAAAGGAGAAGGAAUGGCACUGAAGAAGACCACCACCUUCCUCCCCAGACCAAAAGGAGUAGCAGAAACCCUGUCUUUCAUGAUUCCUGGGACACAGAGAUAGUACCUGUAACGAAAAACAAAGAAAACAGACUAAGAGGAAACAAAGUUUUCUGCGCGUCUUCAAGCAGUGACAGUGGUGGGAGCAGCAGCAGCAGCAGCAGCAUUAACAGCCCUGACAGGGCCAGUGGGCUGGAAAGCAGCUUGAACCACACUGGCACCGGGUCCAGCCCCAACACCCCUCAGCCGGUGCCCGAGCAGUCUGCACUGUGCCAAGGCCCGUACUUCCACAUCAACCAGACCCUGAAGGAGGCGCACUUUCACAGCCUGCAGCACCGGGGACGGCCUGCAACAUGAGGGGCUGGCGUUUCUUGCCUUCUGUGAAGGGACAGUGCUGUGCAGAUUUGAUAUUUCAUCUUACGAUGUUUUAAAAAAUUGCACAAAAAAAUGCCUGUUGGCUUUUCAGUCUAUAUUUGAAAUAACAGGUUAACAGGCAGUUGUUUACUUGUGGUUUUGCUGCACUAUUGCAAUUUUAAAGGGGCUUUGAAGCAAUUUUUUAUAGGAUUCUUUUGAGGGUGGGUAUUAAAUCCAUGUCAAGGUAAUAAUAUGAAGAAAUCUCAUCUGCGUGUUGAAUCCAUAGUUUGUCCAGUUCAGACUGAUUUCCAAAUCUGUCAAUUAGAAAUUCUACUUUAUGUAAAAAGGCCUUUUAACAAUGCGGGAUCUUCAAUUUUUUUAAUUCAAUAAACUAGUAAAGAGUAUAUAGUUUCCAUGAAAAAA